UGUGUCCUGUCUUACCCCACAGGAUUAUAUAAUUAACAGUUGCUACUAAACGGUUAAUUGUGUUUAAAAAUCCUGAAAUGGUUUCAAAAAGCGAAUAUGGUUUUGUAUUGAAGAAAGAAGUGGGGUUACUGCGUGGGGUGUCGCUUAUAAUAGGAAUCUGUGUAGGGUUUGGAAUUUACUUUUCUCCAAGCAAGACACUUGUAGCAACUAACGGUAGCAUUGGCCUCGCGUUGCUGGUUUGGUUUACCACCGGUAUCAUGUGCACGAUGUCUGCUUUGUGUUAUUGCGAACUAGGUGGUCUUAUAAAGGAGAGUGGGCUCGACUUCGCUUAUUUCAAUGCGGCUUACGGGCCAACUGUGGCAUUUGGUUAUCAAUGGGUCGCCGCUACUGCCGCUAGGUGCGCUAGCAACGCUGCUAAGAUUCUCGUGUUUGGGGAAUAUUUUGCUUCACUUCUGCGGAGUUUUGGUAUCUGUUUGGAGAACCAUAGCCCUGCCGUUAAAAUUAUACCAGUUCUCGUGUUUCUGUUGCUUGUAGCAAUACAAAUGCGUAGCGUGUGACAAUCCCUGAUUCUGGAAGUUGCAAUGAGCGCUAUGAAGUUUUCAAUUCUUGCUAUCUUAGCUAUAUUUGGCCUGAAACAUCUCGCCCAAGGGGACUCCCCUUCAAUGGAAAACUUCUCCAACGCGUUCAACACGGAGCAGAUGCAAAACGUCAGUUUUCUUGGCAUUUUUUCGGCAGUGUACUAUUGUACAUACGCAUACACUGGAUGGCAGUCACUAAAUGCUGUAGUAGAAGAGAUAAAAGAUCCGAUAAAGACUUUAACUCGUUCCAUAUACAUUGCAAUGCCGCUUAUAACAUGUGGAUAUUGUUUUGUAAAUGUUGCUUACUUUUCAGUACUCACGGUGGAAGAAAUAACUUCUUCUCUUGCCGUCGCCGCAACUUUUGGCGAGAAAGUUUUCGGGUCGUGUGAAUGGUUCAUACCUUCUGUUGUGUGUAUCUCUAUAUUGGGCUCGUUGAAUGGAUCUUACUUUGCAAACGCUAGAGUUUUGUUUGCAGCUGCAAGAAUGGGGCAUUUACCGAAGUUGUUCUCCAUGAUUCACAUGAAGUACCGAACUCUGACCCCAGCAAUCUUAUACCAAGCAACUGUUACACUCAUAUUGGUAGCAGUAGGAAACCUUGAAGGCAUAAUGAUGGCUUAUGUAUCAUGGGGUUGGAUGACUUAUGGAUUAUCUGCUUGCUCGGUGUUGGUUCUUAGAUGGAAACACUCGGAAGCUGAUAGACCGUAUAAGGUUCCAAUCUUGGUCCCAUGUGUGGUGUGUAUCUUCUCAACUGCAUGUGUUAUUCUGCCCAUCGUUCUUAAUCCGAAUAUUUAUUUAUUAUUUGGCCUUUUAUACCUAAUUCUUGGAUUGGGGUUAUAUUUCAUUUUUGUGGUCAAGAAACGAAGACUACCUGGUUUUCAUAGAUUGAACAAAUACUUUCAGCGGAUUCUUCAAGUUUGCCCACCCUGUUUUGAAGCUGAAAAAAUGACUAAAAAUUCCAGGAAUUAAUAUUAAUAUUAGCCACGUGUGUAUUUGCAUGAACAUUAUGCACUUGUGUGUGUUUAUGUAUAAUGUUUAUGGAAGCGACGAUGGCAACAGGCCUAUAAGACACCGUCGGCUAGCGUCUCGAAACUGGAGGUGGAUGGUUUUGUACGAAUUGUAGACAG